UGGCAAGUCAGGGAAAUUUGUAUCACUCAAGUCCAUCCACAGACGGAAUCAUUUUGGAGAGACAAAGCUGCAUUUAGCCGUGAUGAAGGGAGACAUUCAAGACAUCAAAGACUUGAUCACGGCGGGUGCUUCCGUUAACACACCAGAUUAUGCAGGUUGGACUCCACUGCAUGAGGCAGUGCAGAGAAACAAGUAUGAUGUGACAGAAAUUUUACUCAAGGCUGGAGCCGAAGUCAACUGUAGAGGACUUAAUGGAAUUACACCUUUACAUGAUGCCAUAUAUUGUCAGUAUUACAAGAUUGUAGAACUACUUCUGAAGCAUGGUGCUGAUCCAUUAUCAAAGUGUGACAGAGGAAAGACUCCUAUGGACAUGACUGCAGACAGAGCUAUGUACAUACUGGUGGAGAAAUAUUUGCAGAAGUCUAAAAGUGAUCCAGCUGGGAAUCCACCCAGCAUCACUGAUUCUGCAGCUAAUCCAAGUUUGAGCCAAAGAAACAACCAGAACUCCAUCAAAGACACAAGAGCUCCUCUUCAGAAAUCAACCGGAACUGCUAAAAAAAGUGAGCGUGAAAGCAGCCUGCAGUCUGGUGAAGCUGAACUCAUUCCUGGUCCAAGCGGAGGACAACCAAGCUUGGAACCAUCACCUCAAACUAGCAUCAAUCUACUGUGGCCUCCCUUGAAGUUGUGUAGCCAGGGUCCCUCACUGGUUGAAGAUCAGGAGAGCGAGGGAUCAGACACCUCAUGCUGCCUAGACAGUGAUGGUACAGUGGAUUAUAUUGAAGAUUAUUCAUCAUCACCAGAACAUUGGACUCUAUGUGCCACUCAAGAUUUCUCUGGCUCCUAGAGCAGUAAGGAUGUUUCAGAAGAUUGUCAAAUAUCUGAUAAGUUCUUUCGUUGACGUUUGACACUUAAAAAUUGGGUUAUUUUCUGUAAGUUAGUUCACUUAUGUUCUUUUACAUCAUUUGUGCUGCAUACUUAUAUGAUUCUAAUACAAAAUACAUUAUAAAAUGUAUAGUCCGGUAAAAAAUGUUGGGAUUUUACAGAUGUAUGUUCUACCACAAUUUAGAAAUUGUUUUACGUUAAUUCCAUUUGUUUUGUUUUGUUAUGUGAUGCAAGUGUUAUACAAAUGCAUAAUAGCAGAUCUACUCAUUUCCCUUGAUAGGAAAUUACUGUAUGACACAAUGUGGAG